AUGCAGGCACAGGUCCAGCCACCGGCAAAGUCUCCGGACGAGGCUCAGCUGACGUGCCUCUUCGCUUCUUCAUCCUCCACCAACGAGCCCGAGUCGGCCAUGGCCAUUCGCGAGGAUCUCGUGGCCUCGGCGGACCCGAGCGUCGCAUCCUCGACGGUCGAGAACAAGAUUACCUUUCUACGGUCCAAAAACCUGACGCAGGAGGAGAUUGACGCCUCCCUCGCCCGAGCCAGCGGGCAGGCGCCUCCACCAGCUGGACAGUACGCCGGGGGACCAUCCGGACCUCCCCAGCAGUACUUCCAGCCGCACCCCCAGUAUGGGUGGCAGCCGCAGCCGCUGCCCCCUCGGAGGGAUUGGAGAGACUGGUUCAUCAUGGCGACGGUCGUCAGCGGAGUAGGGUACGGCCUCUACACGCUGGGCAAGCGAUACGUAUACCCCUUGGUGGCGCCCCCGACGCCGGAGAGGAUCGAGCAGGACAAGAAGUCGAUCGAGGAGCAGUUCGACAAGGCCUUUGGCUUGGUGGAGCAGCUUGCCCAAGAUACCGAGGCGCUCAAGGCGGCCGAGGAGCAGCGGACGGCGAGGCUCGACACGGCCAUUGGGGAUCUCGAGACGGUCAUGUCGGAGCUCAAGGCGGCGAACAGGCGUCGCGAGGAUGAGGCGCAGCGGAUGAGGGACGAGGUGCAGGCGCUCAAGGACGCGAUCCCCAAGGCCAUGGAGAACCAGAAGGACGUGACGGACAAGCGGCUGUCGGAAAUCAACACGGAGCUCUCGAGCCUCAAGACGUUGGUGUCGCAGAGAAUGGCGUCGAACGCGGCGCCGGCGACGUCGAGCAGCCUCCUGCGGCCGUCCUCCAACGGGACAGCCAACCGCACGCCGACGCCGACGGUCGAGAGCGGCUCGGAGCCAGCCGGGACACCGUCUGCGGAGACGGCCAAGCUGGCGACGAAGACGACGCCGUUGCACAGGCCGAUCAAUGGCGGGUCGGGAAAGGCAUCGAUUCCGGCCUGGCAGAUGGCCGCGGCAAACAAGGGCGCGGCGGCAAACAAGAGCGAAGCGAACGGUGUCGAGGGCGAGGCAAGCGGGUCCCAAGAAGCGAGCAGCAGCUCGUAG